AUGUCUUCCUCUGAUAGUCAAGGUAUCUCUUCCUCGGAUGCCUGCGCAUCCGAGGAAUCUUCAACCUCCUCUUCUUCGACCGGGUCCUCUUUGUCCAGUUUCGAGACCCGGUCAGGCCCCAACGCCACCGUCCCUGGACCGCGACCUGUCAACCAGAUGCCCGGUCAGGUUUCUCAGAAGAGGGAUGAACCGGUCGACGAUGAGCCAGCUCCCUAUGACCCUGACGGCGAGUCGUAUGAGGGAUGGGUGAACCGGUUGGAAGCAGCCAGUUACUUUCCCCUCCCCACCAGUUACCCUUCAGACAUCUACCCCCAUGUUUCCAAAAUCGCCCAAAAUAAGGCACGUAGGAACCUCCCGGAGGGGUACGUCCUUGAAUACGACCCUAACUGGCGCAAUAUCAUCGAGCCUCACCGGGACGAUAGGAUAGGGUUCCGUAUCGUCUCCCUGGAGAGCGGCACCGUCUUCCCCCUUCGCCCCCUUCUGGUCGAGUUGUGCCAUUGUUUCAAGAUCCUCCCCGGGCAACUUACGCCCAAUGCCCACCGUUUCCUUAAUGCUUUUGUAAAUAUCUGCUCCCAUCUCAAAAUCGAUCCUUCCCUUUGCCUUUUCCUUUAUUUGUUUGAAGUCCUUCCCGGUAAGUCGGGUUGCGACGGCUACGUCUACUUCAAAGGCCGUAACGGUCGCCAAUUCAUCUCGGACCUUCCACAAAGCAACCGGCUGUGGAAGGAAAAAUUUGUCUUUAUAAAAUUUGCCACCGUUUCUCCUUUGGCCGGCAUAAAGUGGAGCGACCACCUCCUGAAACCGCAAUACACUGAGCCGGCUAACGCUCCAGACAUGGAAGAAAGUUUGGAGAAACUCUUACAAGGGGACCCGUUCACUCGGCAAAUGUUCCACUACGGGGCUUGGAUUUGGAGGAUUUCACCGGGUGGCACGGGUACCCCCCGGGCUGAUGAAGCAGCGGGGCACGGGGUACCCGCUCCGGGCAACACUGCGGAAGCUGGGGGUUCCAGUCACCCAGAGAUGAACUUCAGAGCAUUCAACAUCCCCUCGAAGAAGACCGGCGGCUCCUCCUCUGCAGCCCCCAAAACUGUACCGGUGCAACAGGAACCGGUGGAGAUCAAUUCCGAGGAGGAAACUCUUCCGACCGGGAGGACCGGUCAGGCUGGGAGGACCACGGUAAACCCUCCUCUGGACAAGGGGAAGGGGAAGGUCCGGACGAAACACGCCGCCACCACUCAUCCCUCGGCCAAGAGGAGGAGGGGAGAAAAUGUCCCGGGUUCAGAGUCGCUAGAGGAGCUCUGGGUAAAGAUGGGGCAGAAACUGAAGGAGAUGGGCGAGGUUGGGCCUGAGACCUUGGAGAGGCUCGCCGAGGACUCCCCUCCCCGGUCAUCCCAGCUGGAGGAGAAGCUGAAAGGAGUCGAGGCCCACAACCAGGAGCUGCAGGACUUGAUAGCCCGGCAGCUCGAUGAAAUGGCCAAUCUUUCAGCAAUUGCCGGGAGGGCCAAGGCAGAGACCCUCCAGCUGAAGGAGGAGAACCUGAAGCUGGCGGAGGACCUGGAGCUAAAGGAGCGAGAGUUCCCCGGCAAGGCCAAGCAAUGGGUGGGGGAAAACUUGGAGGAAACGGCCCGGGUGAUUACUUCUACCCCGGAGGUGACGAUGGAGGCNCAGCUCGAUGAAAUGGCCAAUCUUUCAGCAAUUGCCGGGAGGGCCAAGGCAGAGACCCUCCAGCUGAAGGAGGAGAACCUGAAGCUGGCGGAGGACCUGGAGCUAAAGGAGCGAGAGUUCCCCGGCAAGGCCAAGCAAUGGGUGGGGGAAAACUUGGAGGAAACGGCCCGGGUGAUUACUUCUACCCCGGAGGUGACGAUGGAGGCCUUCAAGUUUAUCUACCGGGAACCCAACGGGAAGGAAAUGGUCACCCAGGUCGGGUCCUACGGUUUCAUGUCUGGGCAGAAACGAGACCGGGAGGCUACCCACGCAAUCCUGGCUGACCGGGACCCGACCUUCUCUGCCGAUGCUUAUGGCCUGGCGCCCAUCCCCGACGAAGAACCCGAGCCCCCUUUCCCCUUGGAAUGAAAUCUCCCCGGCUGCGCCCGGUUGGAUCGUUUUGAAUUUUAAGCUCAUUUUCCCGGGAAUGCCCGGUGUAAUAUGUAAACACUUCACAUUUUUUGUUUGAAUGCCAUAUUUGUUUUCCAACCCGGUUAUUCUUCCAUAUCUGCUUGCUUGUUGAUUUU